UGCACGCGCACGCAUAAGCACAUACACACCAUCUCUCCAGCCUGUUGAUUUAUGGAAACAAUUAUAAUUCUGGUGGAGUCUUUCUGAGCUGAGAAAGUUUGUAGCUACAGUAGAGUGUCUCAUGUUGCAAAAAGGAGACAACAGAAAUGGAGUACUUGGGUAUCCAGCUCUUAUCAACAGGAACAAAUCUUUUGCUUUCAGUGCAAGCAGCAAAUUCAAGUAGUAAAGAAGGUCACAACAACAAAGGUUUUUAUAACUUGUGUCUUUAAAGGAUAUUCUGACUGAAGAGAUAUUUAAGAAGCUCUUCUAUUUCGCCAUUAACUAUUAAGGAAUAACGAUCAGAAUUCUAGAAGAGGGAGCAAUCUCACUUAAAUGAAUCUGUAACUCGUAAAGACAGAAGGCAGGUCGGUGACCUAAGAGCAACAGCCUACUUGAGAUUUAAUUUUCAUUAUGUUGUUCAUGAACACCCAGAACACUGCACUAUAAUGCACAAAUGGAUACUGACAUGGAUCCUGCCAAUUUUGCUCUACAGAUCAUACUUUUACAUUAUCUUUCUAAUGGGCACUAUAUCUUUAGCUUGCAAUGACAUGACUCCAGAGCAAAUGGCUACAAAUGUGAACUGUUCCAGCCCUGAGCGACACACCAGAAGCUAUGAUUAUAUGGAAGGGGGGGAUGUAAGAGUGAGAAGACUUUUCUGUCGAACUCAGUGGUAUAUGAGGAUUGAUAAGCGAGGCAAAGUGAAAGGGACAAGAGAAGCAAACAACAACUACAGUAUUCUAGAAAUCCGAACGGUGGCAGUUGGAAUAGUGGCAAUCAAAGGAGUGGAAAGUGAAUAUUUUCUGGCAAUGAACAAGUCAGGACGGCUCUAUGGAAAGAAAGUGUGCAACGAGGACUGCAACUUCAUUGAACUGAUUGAAGAGAACCAUUACAACACGUACGCUUCUGCAAAAUGGACACACAAAGGAAAGGAGAUGUUUGUUACACUAAACCACAAAGGGGUUCCAAUGAAAGGUAAAAAAACAAAGAAAGAACACAGAGCAUCCCACUUUCUUCCUCUGGCAAUAUCCUAAUCACAAAUGAUCUAUAAAGAACUAGUUCCAGCAGGAAGAUUAAUUUUAAGAAGACUGUUUGACAAGAUACCAAGAGAGGCUGGAAUACUACUGAGAAACUGAACAAGCUGGACUUGCGCAUUUAUGUUUAUUUUUAAGAGACUACAUGAAAAAGAUUUGAAAAUAUACACAAAACCAGAUUUACUAACUAAAAGUUGUAAAAAAUUCUAAAGAGUUGUACAAUCAUUAUCUUAGUCAUUGUAACUGGGUAGUUUCUUAAAUUAAUUUACCCUGAAGAAUAAGUCAUUACUUGAUUAUCUGAUAAUAUUUUAUUUAAAAAACUAUCUGCUUCUUAAAUAUGGCUGCUAUAAUAAUAAUAAGCAGAUGAUAAUGUUGUGUAAAAUAUGUCAGACUUUAAGGCUGCUGGAAUGAGUUGUCAGAUUAUCAAGUCAAUAGAAAAUGUGGAGGCUGAGCAGUAUUUUAAAUACUUCCCCCAAGAAACUGAUACCUUAUACAUAAACUAUAUGAUCAAAAAAAAUAUAAUCUUGUAAAUGUUUAUUGCUGUAUUCAGAUAAGAGAGUUAGUUUGGAAAAAUUAAGUUUACUCUAACACAAAAUGUUCCUAUCUAUUAAUGAAACAAAUACCUAAUGCUGCUCUAAAAGAUGUUUCAAAUAGUGUAUGUAAAAUAAAAAUAGGAAAAAAUAAUGUACUUCAUCUCACUUUUCACAAAUUAACAUUUUAUAUAACAAUGAAGCAAAAAUUCAGACAUAUUAAGGUUUUUUAUGUAACAUAUCCUAUCUUUUGUAUAAUACCUGUUAGGGCAUACAGCUUUCAAUAUUGUUUUUCCAUUCUUAUACAUGCUUU